UUCUUCUUUACAGAAUAUGGCCGACAUUUUGAUACCGCUGUCAUGAAGAUUUCCCAGUGACAAAUUCUAACUUUGUAGUUCUUCAUGCACGGUUUUUGUUCCAAUAACGUUUUAUUUUUUUAAUUCUAUAGACGGUGUUUAGUGUAAGCUAUUAUUUUUACAAAUAUGGCAGCUGAUCGUGAAAUAGCUGCUGAAGACAGCAUUAGAGUCGUAUGCCGAUUUCGGCCACUCAAUGACUCUGAAGAAAAAGCUGGUUCCAAAUUCAUCGUGAAAUUCCCUUCAGGACCCGAUGAUAAUUGCAUUUCCAUAGGGGGUAAAGUAUAUUUGUUUGACAAAGUAUUUAAACCCAAUGCAACCCAAGAGAAGGUAUACAAUGAAGCAGCCAAAAGUAUUGUGUCAGAUGUACUUGCCGGUUACAAUGGUACCAUAUUUGCAUAUGGUCAGACAAGUUCUGGUAAAACACAUACCAUGGAAGGUGUCAUAGGGGAUCCAGGAAAACAGGGUAUUAUUCCACGAAUAGUCAAUGAUAUUUUCAACCACAUCUAUGCAAUGGAAGAGAAUCUUGAGUUUCAUAUUAAAGUUUCUUAUUUUGAAAUUUAUAUGGACAAAAUUCGAGAUCUCCUGGAUGUGUCAAAGGUGAAUCUUAGUGUACAUGAAGACAAAAAUAGAGUUCCAUUUGUAAAAGGUGCUACAGAAAGGUUUGUGUCAAGUCCAGAAGAAGUUUUUGAAGUUAUAGAAGAGGGAAAGUCAAAUAGGCAUAUUGCUGUAACAAACAUGAAUGAACACUCAUCUAGAUCUCAUUCAGUCUUCCUCAUAAAUGUUAAACAAGAAAACUUAGAAAACCAAAAGAAAUUAUCAGGGAAGUUGUAUCUUGUUGAUUUGGCUGGGUCUGAAAAGGUAUCCAAAACUGGUGCUGAAGGUACAGUGCUCGAUGAAGCUAAAAAUAUUAACAAGUCAUUGUCUGCUCUCGGUAAUGUCAUAUCCGCUUUAGCGGAUGGCAAUAAAUCUCACAUCCCAUACAGAGACUCCAAACUUACUCGUAUCCUUCAAGAAUCACUUGGUGGUAACGCUAGAACAACUAUUGUUAUAUGUUGUUCACCAGCCUCUUUCAACGAAAGUGAAACAAAAAGUACACUUGACUUUGGUAAAAGGGCUAAGACUGUUAAAAAUGUUGUGUGUGUCAAUGAAGAACUCACAGCCGAGGAAUGGAAACGUCGCUAUGAAAGAGAAAAAGAGAAGGUGGCGAGGUUGAAAGGGAAGGUUGAGAAGUUAGAAGCAGAGGUCAACCGUUGGCGUUCUGGAGAAACUGUACGCCCUGAAGAACAAGUCAACUUGGUUGAAAUUGAAGCUGUUACUCCAGUUACAUCAUUCAUAGAAGAAAAACCUCCUGCGGCUCCCGUACCGGUGGCCGUGUCGAGUGCCGUCGAAGAUGCAGCUAUGCAGGGCAAGUUGGAGGCGUUGUACCAACAGUUAGACGAUAAGGACGAAGAGAUUAACCAACAUUCACAGCUCGUUGAAAAGCUCAAGGAACAGAUGAUGGAGCAGGAGGAACUCAUCGCGUGCACGAGACGAGAUUAUGAAGCUCUCCAGGGUGACAUGAAUCGCAUCCAGCAGGAGAACGAAGCCGCUAAGGAGGAAGUCAAGGAGGUGCUGCAAGCUUUGGAGGAGCUUGCUGUCAACUACGAUCAGAAAUCUCAGGAGGUUGACAGCAAGAGUCGGGAGUGCGACCAGCUGUCAGAAGAAUUACAGACAAAGCAGAGUGCUUUGACGACCGCAACUGCAGAGUUGCAGCAGCUUCGUGACCUUUCCGCACAUCAGCGUAAACGUAUUGCGGAACUUCUUACCAACCUACUCCGAGAUCUGGCCGAGAUUGGUGCCGCUGUAGGCGGUUCGGAGUUAGACUUCAAGUUAAAUGUGGAUACUGUCGGAAAACUCGAGGAGGAAUUCACUGUAGCUCGACUACACAUUAGCAAAAUGAAGAGCGAAGUUAAGAACAUUGUGCAGCGAUGCCAUUCGCUCGAAUCGGCUAACAUUGAUGCUAAUCAGAAGAUCGAGGAGUACGAGAGGUCGCUGGGCGAGUGCCGGCUGCUCAUCUCGCAGCACGAGGCGCGCUGCGCGUCGCUGGCGGAGUCCAUGCGCGAGGCCGAGAACAAGAAGCGCCAGCUGGAGGAGGCGGCCGACGCGCUGCGCGAGGAGUGCGCCCGUCUGCAGGCCGCGGAGCGCGUGCAGCAGGCGGCGGCGGAGCAGCGCGCGGACUCGCAGGUGCGCGCGGCGCUGGAGGCGCAGCUCGAGCAGCUGCGCGCCUCGCACGCCUCGCAGCUGGCCGCGCUGCGCGACGAGCUCGCCGCGCAGCAGCGCCAGCACCAGCUGCUGAAGGACACGUACCAGGAACUGACCCUCGCGCGUCAGCAGUUGCAGGACGACUACGAGAAAUUGAAACGCGAGGAGACCGACAAGUCCGCCAAGCUCAAGGAGCUCAUUCAAAGCGUGGAACGACGCGAACAGGCCCGCGCCGAUCUCAAGGGACUGGAAGAUACCGUGGCUAAGGAGUUACAGACUCUGCACAACUUAAGAAAACUAUUCGUUCAGGAUCUACAGGCAAGGAUAAAGAAAUCGACGAACUCGGAGGAAGGAGCAGAAGAAGAGGGUGGUUCUCUUGCGCAAAAACAGAAGAUCUCAUUCCUGGAGAACAACCUCGAGCAGCUGACGAAAGUGCACAAGCAACUUGUGCGCGACAACGCCGACCUGCGCUGCGAGCUGCCCAAGCUCGAGAAGCGCCUGCGUGCCACCAUGGAGCGGGUCAAGGCGCUCGAGACCGCACUCAAGGAAGCUAAGGAAGGAGCGAUGCGUGAUCGUAAGAGAUACCAGUUCGAGGUCGACAGAAUUAAGGAAGCAGUACGCGCCAAAAAUCUUGCCCGAAGAGGCGUGCAGGCACAAAUCGCGAAACCGAUCCGUGCGGGCGGCGGACACCUGGUGGGCGGCGGCGCCGUGGGCGUGGUGCGGCCCGCCAACGCGCCUGCACAGGACAUCAAGCGGAAAUCCAUUAUCGUCGGCGCGCGCGAUGAGAGUUGAAGAGAUAGCCGUUAUUUCAUAGAGAAUCUAAAUAAAAGUUCAUAGAUAUACCUAGAAUAAGACGGCAAAAAUCAUUCUUGGAAAAUAUAUCCAUAAUAUAAUUCUACUUAUAUGUUUAUGAAAAGCCUAAUAUAAGCUACAACAAAAUAAUAAAAAAAAUAAGUAGUUCUUUUAGGCUUAAUGUUUCGAGCUGUCUAAUCUUAAAGUCAAUAAGUGCACAUGUAUUUAAAAAAGAUUUAUAGCUUCUAGCAAUCGUCGUUCUGUGUCUGUACUGUUUCGCUUUAUUAAUAAAAAGCGUUGAAAUUGACUUUGUAAUGUAUAGACACAGGUUUUAAACAUUUUACUGAUUAGCCAUUAGAUAUGUCCACGAAGAGAAGUAUUAUUUUGAAACGGAUGUUGAGCUUGAUCUUAAAUGUCGCUUUCAAAGUUAAAUCAGAUUAAAAUAUUUUUAUGAAAUGACAAGUAUUAAGUUUAGUUUCAUUAUAAAUGCUACUCGCAUUUUGUGCUAAAUUCGAUAUCCUCGUAGUUUGCUGGGAUGAAAUGGCAUUUUGUAUAGAAAAAAAAAAACAUAAAAUCUUCAGUACAAAAAUGACCGAGCCAGUUACCAGAGUACAUUUGCAAUAACACCAGAAGUGCUGCCAUUUCUUCCCCGUUGGACAACAGGAUUUACUAGAUGCAAUACGAUGCAGUAUGUUUAAGAUUAUGCUGUGAGUUAUAAAGCAAACUUGCAUAUGCUGCCGCACAAAUAAAAAAAAUAAAAAUGAAAUAAAAAUAUCACGUUUAACCUCAUGGUCGUUGCAUUGCAAGUGUGGUAGCAAAUGCAUAAAGGAGUGCGUCUUCAAUGUGUAGUUUAGUAUAAGCUUCUUUUAAUAUAUAUUUUUAUAUAUUGUGAUAAGAGUUGUUAUGCCGACUUGCGAGCAUUUAAUAAGUUAACGAAACGAUGACCUUUUGUUUGUGGAGGGGUUAUUUGUAUGAUAACGAGAUCAGUCACGAAAAUGUAAUUAAAAUUCAAAAUAUCUGUAACGUUAUAGUCCGACAUAGCAUUGGUCUUCCGAGCGUGUGUACCUAGGCGACUUGCUGCAAUGAGCAAGUUCUAAGUUUCUAGGUACUGUCUGCGCCAGAUGGAUUCGCGAUUUUAGUGGGUGGUUUUUAUAUUCUAUAGCAAAGAAUAUGAAAAUCUCUUUCAACUAAUAAACAUAUUUCCUGGUAUUAUAAAAGUUAACACUAAACCAAUGCAAACUUUUUAAAAACAGUUAUUAAAAGAAUGGAUUCACAUAACACAAAAAGUUCUUCACAUUACUGUAGGUUAUCAUUCAAUCACCUUUAGCUCUGUACUGCGUUAUUUUCACAUUAGCUUUUGAGCUGUGAAGAUUUAGGGAAGAUCCGAGUCGCGCUUGCACGAUGGUUAUUGUAGUCAUUUAUAGAUUUAGUUGAAGGCUUGUUCUUGAGUAGUACACGUCCAUUAUAUUCACACUUAACAAUUUUGUCAAAUAUUGACAGAUCCCUUUAAAACUUUACCUGAAUAUGCAUUCUGUUUGGUUAAAAGUUCUCUAUUUGCUUUUAAGAUGCAUUAGCUUCUUAGUAGAUCUGCAACUUAUUUAAGUACUUAUGAAAUAAUUACGUUAGAGUGCAAUCAAUAACGGGCUGUUUUGCAUUCGAAAUGUACUGAACCAGGCCUGUGCUGCGUCCUAUGAGGAGUUAUGGAACUAUGGUCGACACUUGUUUCAGAAAACCAAAGAUAAAUCACAACUUAUAGAUUUAUUGUUCGAGAUUAUUUUAUUACCAACUGAAUUUAUUAUAAGUUCCGAUUAAUAAAAUGGUUCCAAAGCUCCUUAACGUGUUGCAAUACAUUUAUAUCAUUUAGGUGUAAAGUUCUAGUAAAUUAUUCAUACUUAAGUUAGAUACAUGAUUUUUACUAUUUUUAUUUAUUGUAUUACUACAUAAACCUAAAUUAUCGAGUUUUUUUUUCACUUUUGAAGUGUUAUACGCUUUUACAUACCUCUAUUUACAAUAUUUUAUAAUCAUGAUCAAAUACAUAUUUUUUCAUUUGAAAUUGGGAGAUGCCUACAAAGAUGCAUUCCACAAGGAAGGCAGUUUGUAUCUUUGUUUAUUGAUAAGUUACUUCCUUUGUUGUAUGUAGAUAAAAAUGAGGCUAUCCUCGGUUUCACUCGCCUGUUGCAUAGAUAGCUCAAAGUGGAGGUCGGGAGGCGCGCUCCGCUCGGGCGAAACCCAAACCGACAGGCUUGCCUUUGCACCAAGUGAUUUAGUUUGUAUUGACAUCUUUUGUACGAUGUAUUUAAUAUAUGGAAAAUUCUCAAAACGAGUGUUUUCUUGAUUUUUAUUUAUUAUAAAAUAAAAUUAUGAAUUUAAUUUGCUA